CCCAUUUAAUUCCUUGUUCUGAGGGCUGCUGAAAAAGCAAACUAGAAAGCUUGAUGGUGACAAAUAGAAGUUUUUGUGGAAGAAGUUCUCAAUCGUAACUUUAAGAGGAAGUCCUACAACUUGUUGCUGGCAAAGUUGUUAUUUUUCAUCCGCUACACAUUGUGUUAACAACGGAACAUAACAUGUCUGGAAAAGCAUCAACUUCAAAGCCUAAUAUAGGUCUGAGUGGAUCUGAUGGUCUUUCACACGCUUACAUUCAUUAUCCACCACUUCGGUGCAAUGUUCCUGGAUCUAGUGGAUUAUUUUAUGAUGAUGGAAAUAAGUUGGUACUCUCUCCAACAGUUGACCAGGUCUUUUCAUGGAAAGUUGGUCUCUUUGAUCCUCUAAUUGAUCAAACCGCUGACUCAAUAAGUGAAGGCCCUAUUAUAGCUAUUCGAUAUUCUUUAGACACAAAGGUAAUAGCAAUCCAGCGAUCAAACCAUGAGAUGCAGUUUUGGGAUAGAGAGACUGGGGGUACUUUUAGCCAUAAGUGCAGGCCAGAAUCAGAAAGUAUACUUGGGUUUUUUUGGACAGAUAGUCAACAGUGUGAUAUUGUUCUUGUUAAGACAAGUGGUCUAGACUUGUAUGCUUAUAAUUCAGAGUCAAAAUCACUGCAACUGGUGCAAACAAAGAAACUGAAUGUGAGUUGGUAUGUUUACACCCAUGAAAGUCGAUUGGUUCUUCUUGCUUCUGGCAUGCAGUGCAAGACAUUCCAUGGCUUUCAGAUUUCUUCUGCAGAUAUUGUUCGUUUGCCAAGAUUUGAGAUGGUUAUGGCCAAAUCUGAGGCAAAUAAUAAGCCUGUUUUAGCAGCUGAAGAUGUCUUUAUUGUUACUGUUUAUGGUAGGAUAUACUGCUUACAAGUUGAUAGAGUUGCUAUGCUGCUCCAUUCUUAUCGGCUAUAUCGUGAUGCAGUAAUACAGCAGGGCUCUUUUCCAAUUUAUUCCAACAGGAUUGCCGUGAGUGUGGUCGACAAUGUACUUCUUAUUCAUCAAGUUGAUGCAAAGGUUGUUAUACUUUAUGAUCUCUUUGCAGAUUCUAGAGCACCAAUAUCUGCACCACUUCCUCUAUUAUUAAGGGGAUUCCCCAGAUCCAGCACUUCAUCUCAAUCUAGUGGCAGAGAAAGUGAGAGUUCUGACAGUAAUAUUUUGAGUAAUCAUGCAGCAGUUACAUACUCCAAUGCAUGGACUUUCCUAGUGCCUGACCUUGUGUGUGAUGUGGCCAAUAAGUUAUUGUGGAAGUUCAAUUUAGACAUAGAGGCAAUUUCUGCCAGUAGCUCAGAGGUCCCAUCUGUAUUAGAGUUCCUGCAGCGGCGGAGGUUGGAAGCUAACAAGGCUAAGCAAUUGUGCUUGGGUAUUACACGUACACUCAUUCUAGAGCACAGGCCUGUGCCCGUGGUUUCCAAGGCUGUAAAUGUACUAGUCAGCUCAUACUCCCAUUCAAUUAAAACUGGUAACUAUCUUAAGAGACUGAAACCAGAAAAGACAUCAACUUCUGUUGAUCAAAAUACUGGCGCUGAGGUAUCUGCUAUCGAAAGAGAUUUAAUUGGAAAAUCAAUCAUUCAUGAGUCUAUGGAAAGAGUCGACAGUGGAUCUCUUAAUAAAGCUUCAACUGUUUCAAGUUUGGAUUCUGAUGAUGAGUCUCAGUCUGCAAAUCCAAAACACAAUUCAAAGGAUGCCCACAGUGCUUAUGUUAUGCAACCAUCUCUUCAAUCUGGGCAAGAGGAAUCCCAACUUACUACCGCAGCAAUUUCACCAGAUGAGAUGUACAGCUUUGUCUUUUCUCCUGUUGAUGAAGAGAUGGUUGGAGACCCUUCUUACUUGGUUGCUAUCAUUAUUGAGUUCCUUCACAGUGCAAAUUCAGAAAAGAUACGUGUACUCCCAAAUGUGUAUGUAUUAAUUAUUCAGCUUCUGGCUCGCAAUGAACGUUAUGCAGAGCUCGGGUUGUUUGUCUUAAACAAGAUUCUGGAGCCAUCUAAGGAAGUCGCACUUCAACUCCUAGAGUCUGGUCGCCAGAAUGCUCAGACUAGGAAGCUUGGUCUUGAUAUGCUGAGACAAUUAGGUUUACAUCAUGAUUAUGUUUUGCUGCUUGUGCAGGAUGGAUACUACCUUGAAGCCUUAAGAUAUGCACGGAAAAACAGGGUGGAUAGCAUCCGGCCCUCAUUGUUCUUAGAAGCAGCAUUUGUUUCCAACGACUCUCAACAUCUUGCUGCGGUUCUAAGGUUCUUUACAGAUUUCCUUCCUGGCUUCAAAAACACCUCGGACCAUAAUAGAUACUGCCGUAUACUGAAUGAAAUGAACUCAUCCAUAACUGUUUGAGAAGUAAAAGAAUAGUUGAAAUUGGUUCAUUAUCAUUAUAAUGUAUCCUUGUUCAACCUUAGGAAUAUCUGGCUAUGACGUCUGAUUUCUUAGAUACGAAACAUAUUUGGUAAUGGUUUCAUGUUGUAUGUUAAAUAAAUGUCUCCCUAGUUAGACUAGCUGUAGUAGAUAUUUUGGUUGAGUUUUGCGACUGAAUUGCAUAACUGUUCAAUACAUUACAUACAUUUUGGGAGGGAAAGGAACAGAGUAAUGAAUUUUUUGUUCUCGGAAAGAUGCUAAAAUUUCCAAAUGGAUAUGAAUAUCAUCAUUUUUAUGUAA